AUGAGUUCUGUGGAUGAAUUAGCGGUCCUUUUCGGACAGGUGGGCUUCGAAGAGCCCAAAGUGAAGGAGAUCGUGAAGAACAAGAAGGUUUCAGCUUCGUUGAAAUGCCUUGUCCAGGAUGCGCCAGAAGGCCAGCAGUGGGACAAAUCCAAGAGAACUCUCGUACACAACCUUGCUCAGUUAAUCAAAGGUGGCGAGCUAGCCAAUCAGAGACUAAUUGUGGAGGAAAUUUUGAACGGGGAUCUCAAGACCCCAUUACAAGUCGAGGCGGGUUAUAAGUACUUGAAUCAGGCGCAGGAAGGGGCAACUCUCGAGGAGCUGAAAGAGCAAUCAGGCGUUGGAAUUGUAGUCACAGAAGCUCAAGUCAGAGAACGUGUGAUCCAGUUUAUCACUGAAAACAAGGAGAAAAUCGUUGUAGAGAGAUAUAAACUGGUUCCGGGAAUUCUGGCUAAUGUCAAAGGUUUGCCGGAGCUCAAAUGGGCAGAGCCUCGCCUUUUUAAACCAAUUAUUGAUGAAGAAAUUUUGAAAGUGUUGGGUCCCAAGGAUGAAAGAGAUGUGGUCAAAAAGGAAAAGAAAAAGAAGGCCAAAGAAGGAGCAAAUGGCGCAACCACUGCCUCUGCAACGUCUGAAGGCGAGAACAAUUCCAAGAGAACCAUGUUUACGGAAGGGUUCCUCGGGGAUCUUCACAAGGUAGGUGAAAAUCCUCAAGCUUAUCCAGAACUCAUGCCCGAACACAUCAAAGCUACGGGUGGGAAGGUGCGCACCAGAUUUCCUCCUGAACCUAAUGGUUACUUACACAUUGGACAUUCCAAAGCGAUCAUGGUUAACUUUGGGUUUGCCAAACAUCAUGGUGGAGUUUGCUACCUAAGAUUCGACGACACCAAUCCUGAAGCAGAGGCCCCUGAGUAUUUUGAGUCCAUUAAAAACAUGGUAUCAUGGCUGGGCUUCAAGCCUUGGAAGAUAACGUACUCAUCUGAUUACUUCGAUCAACUAUAUCAACUAGCCGAGACUUUGAUCAAAAAUGGCAGAGCCUACGUCUGUCAUUCCACCCCCGAAGAAAUCAGACGUGGCCGUGGUAUUCGGGAGGACGGUACCCCUGGCGGGGAAAGAUUCGGUUGUAAAUACCGGGAAAGAUCUGUUGAGGAGAAUUUGCUUGAGUUCAGAAAAAUGAAAGACGGAGUUUAUAAACCUGGCGAGGCUACUUUGAGAAUGAAACAGGACAUGUCUUCCCCUUCGCCACAGAUGUGGGAUCUAAUCGCGUACAGAGUUUUGGAUGCACCUCAUCCAAGAACCGGCGACAAAUGGAAAAUAUAUCCGACGUAUGAUUUCACACACUGUUUGGUGGAUUCCUUUGAAAAUAUCACCCACUCUCUUUGCACAACAGAAUUCUAUUUAUCAAGAGAAAGCUACGAGUGGUUGUGUGACCAGGUUCAUGUCUUCAGACCUGCUCAAAGAGAAUAUGGUAGACUAAACAUCACCGGAACCGUGUUAUCUAAAAGAAAGAUUGCCAAACUAGUUAACGAACACUUCGUGAGAGGUUGGGAUGAUCCACGUUUGUUCACCUUAGAAGCCAUUCGCAGACGUGGUGUCCCACCCGGAGCAAUUCUUUCGUUCAUCAAUACGCUAGGUGUGACGACAAGCACUACCAAUAUUCAAGUUGUUCGUUUCGAGUCCGCCAUCAGAAAAUAUUUGGAGGAUAACACCGCGAGAUUGAUGAUGGUCUUGGAUCCCAUUGAAGUGAUCGUGGACAAUCUACCUGAAGACUAUGAAGAGCUAGUGACGAUUCCAUAUAGACCUGGUACUCCGGGUUUUGGGGAAAGAACAGUCCCCUUCACCAAUAAAUUUUACAUCGAAAGAUCUGAUUUCUCUGAGGCUGUGGAUGACAAGGAAUUUUUCCGGUUGACACCAGAGCAAUCUGUGGGGCUCAUUAAAGUACCCUACACCGUUUCCUUCAAGUCUUUCGAAAAGGACGCUGAGGGCAAUAUCCUGAGAGUUCAUGUCAAAUACGACAAUGAAAACGCCAAACCCAAAAAACCCAAAACUUACAUCCAAUGGGUACCAGUCUCCCGCAAUUACUCUUCGCCUGUGCGCAUCACUGAAACCAGAGUUUACAAUCAAUUGUUCAAGUCGGAAAAUCCAUCUUCUCACCCAGAAGGAUAUUUGCACGACAUUAAUCCCGACAGCGAAGUUGUUUUCGAAAGGUCAGUAGUGGAGCACAACUUUAAUUAUGUUAUGCAAAGGUCUCCUUGGGUUGUAGACAGUACCAAACAAUCGGAAUUUUACGUCGAAGAGGAACAAGGGCGCAAGGAAGUUUGCAGAUUCCAAGCCAUGAGAGUUGGGUACUUUACCCUUGAUAAAGACACUGAGCAAGACAAGAUUGUUUUGAAUAGAAUUGUCAGCUUGAAAGAUAGCAGCAAAUAA